CUCACGGGGACAGACGCUUCUUUCUCUGUUCAGUUCCCACAUCAUUUUUCACAUCCUCAACUCUUCGUUGCCGCCUCUCACUUGGGUCUUUUCCCACGACUUGAUCGAGCAUCACAAUGUCACUUCCUUGCACUUGCCACGUUCCGCAAGUCUCCAUUGGCCUGGACUUCGGGGCCACCGUAUGCAGCCACUCAGGCGUAGCCUUGGCCUCCUCCCGAACCUGCGAUGCCCACCCGAACCAAUCUUCGCCGCCCACGAUCCUCUAUUCACAGAAAUUUCCUACGGUCCUGCGUCGGCAGCCAGGUGGCCAACGUUUCGAAUUCUCUCAGGAAUCACAGUUUCCAAGUGAGAGCGGAGAUCUCCUAAGAUACUUCAAACUAGCCCUCGUUGACCCAGCGGAACAGCGCAAUCCCCCUGACGUCCAUGCUGCAGCCCUCUUGCAAAAGACGAUGUGGAAUGUUCAUGUGCAUGAGACAAUCUCGGAGCUUGUUUCGAUUUAUCUUCAGGGUCUUCUGGAGAAGGUUGUUUCACGCCUUUCAAGGGUUACUGGAUCCAGUCUCGGUGCGUGCGACGUUGUGAUCUCAUGGCCGGAACUGUGGGAAAACAACCUGUCUGGAUCUCUGGAUCUUCUGAAAGAGGCUGUGGUCUUGGCGGGCAUCUCGCCUGCGUUUAUGAAGAGCGUAAGCUACAUCAAGGAGCAUGAGGCUGCUGUUCGAUCUGUCCUCUACUACCACGGAGACGAACUUGAUAGGACCCUGAAGGACGCUGCGAUCUACCGUCAUCCAGACUCGACAACGGGCUCAGAUAUGAUCCGACCGCUGUGUCGGGUCACUGGAUCUGUCGUCUUGGACGUUGCCUUCCGCGAGAAGGUGGUAUCCAGGAUCUUGGGGAUGACCGGGGUGCGGGAGGAGUCGGAGAUCCCCGUCGACGUGAAACGUGACCUCCAACUGAUAAUGGAGAAGUGGCAUCUGAAAAUUAAGAAUGCAUUCGACCCAUUCAACAUGCGCGAAGGUUCAGUACCAUUCAAGAUCCAAGGCAAAGACGCCAUCAUAACCCGGACGGAGAUGAUGAAGAUGUUUGACAAGGUUACUGACCAGAUUGUCGCGGUUAUUCGGGAACUGUUCAAGUCAUCCCUGGAUGAGGGCAAAACUCCAGGAUUCAUUAUCCUGACUGGCGGCCUAUCCCUAAACGAAUACGUCACGGGGACAGUCCGACGUCGGUUGGAGCAAGUGUUCAGUCCGAUUCACCGCCUGAAGUUCAUCAUGGGCGGUCCCCAAGCAUGGACAGCCGUGGCUCAGGGUGCAGCACUUUCUUAUGGGAGACCUCAUUCGAACUGA